GCCCGCGGCCGCACCCUCGACGGGCCCGCCAACUGUUCGGCGAAAUGCUCGACUCGAGAAUCGCCCCUGACAUUUGCACCUUCAACACUCUCAUUCGCGGGUUCUGCUUGAACAGGUCGGUCGAUGAGGGGUUCGAGUUGUUCCGCGAUAUGGGGGGGUACGGGUGUUGCCCGGAUGUUGUUACUUAUAAUACACUGCUCGAUGGGCUAUGUAGAGCUGGGAAGGUUGAGACUGCACGGAAUUUCUUGGGUGGGAUGAAGAGGAGAGGGGGAGACAGUUCUGUUUCUCCGAACGUUGUGUCGUAUACUACUUUGAUUCGGGGGUUUUGUGGGUGUGGGGAUGUGGUGAGGGCUGUGGAGGUGUUUGACGAGAUGGUCGGGAUGGGAGUGAAGCCGAAUAAGGUGACAUAUAAUACGCUUGUCAAGGGGCUUUGCGAAGCGAAGAGGAUGGAUCUGGUGAAGGAGCUUUUGGAACGGGAGGAUGCAGUGUUCAAGCCGGAUACCUGCACGUUCAAUACUCUGAUGGCUGCACAUUGUGAUUUUGGGAGAGCGGAUGAUGCGGUGAAGGUUUUUGAGAGAAUGUUGGAGUUGCGGGUGAAGACUGAUUCGGCUAGUUAUAGUACACUGAUACGGGGAUUUUGCAAGAGUGGAGAGUUUAAGAGAGCGGAGGAGCUUGUUGAUGAGAUAUUGGAGAAGGGGGUGUUGAAGAGGCGAGGAGUUUGUGUUCCUUUAAUGGCCGCCUAUAACCCGAUUCUUGAUCACUUUUGUCAUAAUGGGAAGGCGAAUAGGGCUGGAAUGCUGAUGAGGGAGCUGAUCGAGAGAAGGGCGACAAUAGAUAUUGGUGCAUUUAAGACGGUGAUUUUGGGAUAUUGUAGAGAGGGCGAGCUGAGAGAAGCCUAUAAGCUAUUAGUCUCAAUGGUAAGGAGGAACCUCAAUCCAGAUUUUGAGGUAUUUGAGGUUUUAGUUGAAGGAUUCUCGGCAAAGGAGGAUCAUGGUUUUGCUUGGAAGGCUCUAGAGAGAAUGUUAAAUUGUGGGCAUCGGCCUAGGACGAGUACUUUCCACUCGGUGCUUGCUGGGCUUUUAAAGAAAGAUGGUUUUGCUGAAGAAGCUGGUAAUUUGGUUGCCGUGAUGGUGGAGAGAAAAGUUCGUCAUCAUAUCGACCUUUCAACUGGUGUUGUUGCCAGUCUUCUUGGUAUGGGAUUGAACGAUAGAGCUUUUGAGAUUGUUGGGCUGCUUUAUGAUAACGGGUAUUGUGUAAAGAUGGAGAAGUUGGCUGAAUCUCUUUACAAAGGCAACAAGUACUUAGAGGCACGAGAUCUUCUGCUUUUUAGUUUGAAAAGGAAUGAGACUUUGGAUGCCGAAGUUCAUGCCAGGGUUAUUAACAGCCUUUGCGCAACUGGGAAAGCGGCAGAGGCAUUUGAACUCUUCUAUGCAGUGAAUGAAAAGGGAAGCGGCUGUGUCAUCUCUUCUUGUUUGAAUGAUUUAAGAGAUGCCCUUGAGAAAAUUGGGAAGUUUAGAGAGGCGGAGUUUGUUUCUAAACAAAUGAACCGCUUGGAAACUGUACCUGAUGGAGAUAAGCUGAUACGGGCACAAAAUGACAUGACGCACCGAAAAACAACAAAUUUUAGAAAAAUACAAAACCAUAAUGGCAAUUAUAAAGCAAAAGUGUCAAGUUCAAUAUCUGAAACAAGAUGGCCUUACAAGCGAAGUGUUCAUGCCUCAUAGCUCACAUAUGUGAGACUUACUUCAUUUCCAUUCUUUUGACUGAGAGCCUUUUCAGACAAGGGUUCUAUACAGGGCCUUGAAAAUGUGAGAAAUUUUUCAGACGAUGAAGCUUUAUGAUAGUUAUCUAUAGCAAGAAAGAUUUCCUGAAUAUGAAGAAGUUGGCGAAGGAUCAAGAACAUGGAUCUCUGAAGGUAUCAUACACGUUUUCGUAGUCACUACAAUUAUAUACCUUGAAGAAAAGACACAUGGAAGAAACUUUAUAAUUGAUCUAUAAACUCAAGCGAUGAGCUAUUCCUUUCUCGUCGAUAAUGCCUUCUUCUCUAUUGCAGUCUGCUAACAGGGGACACCCUCUAUAUGGAAACCAUAAUGGACAAAAUGCAAAUUCUUCUACGCUUCAACGACGAUUGUCUAAGACUUGCACAUGACCUUUUAAGUGUAUUUUAUAAUGAUUGCCUCAUUAAAGUCAUAUCAAAUGUUGCAGAGACCUUUUGGUCUAUGGAGAUUGGAGAACUACCACUGACUAGAAACCAUGCAUUUUCUCCGCUUGUGGUACAGAGAAGACUGUGUAGCAACACCUAUGGAAUAAGAUUCAAUAUCACCAUCGUAUUCGCCAUGUUCCACAAAAAGUAGUUCAUUAUAGCGCACAACUUCAAGUUCAACAGAUUCCAUGAUCACGGUCAGAAGAGUAGGAUUGACCCUCAAUCUAAUGCCCCUUUCCUGUAUUUUUAAUUACCUUCAAUGCUACUUUCGCUCCAUGAGAGGUCUACGAAUCCGGAGGAAGCUUUCAAGUGAAAGCAGGAUACGGACAAUUGGCAGCAUUUCCUGAUUAUCUUUGAAUGGACAAAAUGUAUGAGAAAUGUGUAUUAGUUGUCUUGUUAUUCUUCGUGCACUCUUGCUUAGCUUACAAUAACAUGCACAGCACAAAAAUUUACCAUGAAUAAAAACUUGAUGCUUGAUGAUU